AUGAGUUUCGUAUGGAGGAGCGUCUUAAACAAGCCACGGCUCCGCCUUUCCAACAUCGCAGCAGCUCCUCCAAGCUGCCGGCUGCUCCACGUGGGCCAGCGAGCCUCGCUCACUAAGGCCUUCUCCUCCCAAGAUGUGGAGCUGUUCGCAAGGCUGACGGGCGACACCAACCCGCUCCACCUCGACCCGGACUACGCGCGCACCACCUCCUUCGAGGCGCCCAUCGUCCACGGCGUCCUCAUCAACGGCCUGAUCUCGGCCGUGCUGGGCACCAAGAUGCCCGGCCCGGGCUGCGUCUUCUUGCACCAGGAGAUCCGCUUCCCGGCGCCGCUGUACAUUGGCGAGGAGGUGCUAGCCGAGGCCAAGGUCUACAAGAUCAAGAUGUCGUUCGCCCUGAUCAGCGUGACGUGCUCGGUGAAGGACAAGGUGGUGAUGGAGGGGGAGGUGAUGGUGAUGAUGCCGGAGGAUCAGCAGAAGAAGGGUUGAGAGGAUGAGGAGGAGGAGGAGGACAAAGGUCAGAGGUCACCGUACUCUGACAGUAAACAGAUCAGAUGACGUGACUGUUUUAGGGAUUCAAAAAAACAAUCUGCCUCGUCAGCUCGGCGUCGCCUGAAACUGGUUCUGGUUUGCAGCGGCUUUUCUACACUGUGGAAUUUGCUCAUUGUUGGUUUCACACUGUUGUUUUCUUUGUUUAUUAUCUACUAGAGCCACAAGGACAGUGACAACAAGGACGCUUAGCAGAGAGAAGCUGGCCACUCAAUGCUUUGUCAUCGAGUGUAUGUGCACAUUGUUGACUCUGCUCUGUAUUUUGUUUAACAUGUGGAAUAAAAAUUCUAAGUUAC